AUGAGAUACGGCGAAGGUCGGAGGCUUGGACGCGGUUCGCCAGGGGGCGGAAGCAGAGACCAGUUCACGCAGCAAACAGACGACACGCCGCAGUCGUCGGUCGGCCCGCUGGGCCACCUGGGCAGCCACCUCCGCCGCCUGCGCUGCCCCAAGUGCAGCUCGCAGAUGAUCCAGGACGAAAGGGCAGUGCAGAGACAGGCGGCGCGCAUCGGCGCCCUCAAGGCCAAGACGAGCUGCGCGCCGUGCUCGCACUGCGGCGCGGCCGUGUGCAUGGCCUGCGGCCGGGUCCUGUCCAACGCGCGCACCGAGUGCUGCCCGAUGGCGAGGCUCUAUGUCACCUGGGUGCUGCUGUGCGGCCUCCCGGCGGACAGGGCAGAGAACCGCGGCGAGGAGAGCGAGAGGGCCGAGGCUCGGCUCGCUGACAUGCUGGCGGCGCUGAACAGGAUGCUGCCGCGCCCGUCGGGGACGUCCCAGUUCGACAGACAGCCGCCCUCUGCGCUGGUUGAAAUGUUUCGCUCGAGCCCGCUGUUCAUCAGGAUGGCGGCCAUGAUCCGGCAGGGGACCACGCAGGAUCUUGCCGCGCGACACGCGCUGUACGAGCAGGUGUUUGGCGUCAUCGAGACCCUGCAGAGCCACCCCGUCCUGGCAGAGGUCGUCCACGGCGAACUGCGCACGUAUGGCCCGGAGUCGAUGCUGUUCUCGAUGACCAUGCAUCCGAGCGGCGCGCGUGGUCCCGGCGUUGCGUCGCGGCCAUUGCUGGGCUUGCUCCAGGACCUGCGCUCGUCGGCGCGCGGGAGCGAUGCGACGCGAAUAGGCCAGCUGGUUGCUGCGUCUGGCGCCGUAGGCAGUGCCCAGCGGCCUUUCUCUCGUGGCGGCACGGGCUCCGGGCGGUCGACCUCGUCUCGGGCUGGCAGCUCACGCGCGGGACCGUCUGGCACUCUGCGUCCGGCAUCAUCUGGCAGCUCACGCGCGGGACCGUCUCGCACUCCGCGUCCGGGAUCAUCUGGCACCCCGCGCCCGGGCCUGUCCGCCAACGGCGAGGACCGCUUCCACCGCGAGCACUGCGUCGAGGCGCUCGACGAUGACAUCAUCAUGGAGCACUUUCCCUUCCUAGACGUGCACCGCAUGCUCAACGAGAGGACGCGGCCCGGGCGGAUGAAGCGCAUCCUGCGCGAGCUCAGCGUGCUCUCGUCGAGCCUGCCGCCGGGCAUCUGGGUCAAGCACGCGGCGGGCCGGCCGGACGCCAUCAAGGUAAUCAUCGAGGGCCCGCGCGACACGCCGUACGAGUUUGGCCUGUUCGAGUUUUCCAUGCUGUGCACCAACGAGUUCCCGCAGAAGCCGCCCGAAAUGGUGUGGUCGCCGCGGCGGAGCUGCCCGCACAAGAUCAACGCCAACCUCCACGAGGACGGCAUCGUCUGCCUGUCGCUGCUCGGCACGUGGCACGGCGAGGCGUGGAACCCGGCGAAGUCGUCGCUGCUGCAGGUGCUGGUGUCGGUGCAGGCCCUCAUCUUCAACGAGCACCCGUACUGCAACGAGCCGGGCAGCGAGGACAUGGCGGGCUCGCCCGAGUCGGACGAGUACAACGCGCUGAUCCACGGCCUGUGCCUGCGCCACUACGUGCAGGCCAUCCACUGCCGCGAGAUGAAGCAGACGUUCUGGCGGCCGAUUGUCGAGUACAUUCGCGCGCGGGACGGGCGCGACAUGGUGCGCGCGGCGGAGCGGUGGACGGCGGGCGAGGGGAGGCGGGUGCACCUGCGCGAGUCGGACAGGCCGCAGGUGCACGAGUUUCGCAGGUGGCUGGGUCGGAGCUAG